AUGUCUGCACCAGUUACAAUAGCUCAACAGCCAGGGCAGUAUCUUCAGACUUCUGUAAUGCAUCCUUAUGUCUUGCCUAUACAGCAUAAGCAAACGUCCUUUGGAAUAAGUGUUACCAUGAUUGUCCUUGGAUUUGCAUCUAUAGUUACGGGCGGUAUAGGUUUUGGCUUUUAUGGAUAUUGGAGAAGUCUUAGUGUCAUCACUGGUCUUGAUAUAUGGGUUGGAUUAGGGUACCUCUUAGCUGGAAUAUUUGGAACUGUUGUCCAUACUAAUCAAAGAAAUCCUCAUUUGAUGCACUGCUAUUAUGCGUUUUCUAUCAUCAGCCUCAUCUUUUCGAUUCUUCAAUUUGGUAUCAGCAUUCCAGCUAUCAUCUAUUCGUAUUACGGUAUUAUUUGGCACGCUAUUCUUUCAUUGGUAAUGUCUAUCGUUGGCUUUGCUUUAAUAGUGACGAUUGUAAUUAUUUUAUCGCGAAACAUCUACUGCCAGCCGGGCUUAACGAAUCCGGGAGUUGUGCAAUAUCAUGGUCAUCAGCAGGCAGCAACUAUUGUGCAAUAUCAAGGUGGUCAGCAGCGAAUGGUAGCAAUGCAACCUAAUCAACCAGUUAUGGUUAUGCAACCUACCCAACCGAUAUACGUAUCACAAGCGCCUGGUGGUCAAUACCCUGCUGUGCCACCGCAAACAGUAAUCAAUUCACCUCAAACAACGCAAGUUGUACAACCAGCCCAGCCGAUACAGUACCAGCAAAUUCAGGAACUUCCCAAGAAGCAGCCAGCACAACCUUCAGAGUACCUCUUAGCUGGAAUAUUUGGAACUAUUGUCCAUACUAAUCAAAGAAAUCCUCAUUUGAUGCACUGCUAUUAUGCGUUUUCUAUCAUCAGCCUCAUCUUUUCGAUUCUUCAAUUUGGUAUCAGCAUUCCAGCUAUCAUCUAUUCGUAUUACGGUAUUAUUUGGCACGCUAUUCUUUCAUUGGUAAUGUCUAUCGUUGGCUUUGCUUUAAUAGUGACGAUUGUAAUUAUUUUAUCGCGAAACAUCUACUGCCAGCCGGGUUUAACGAAUCCGGGAGUUGUGCAAUAUCAUGGUCAUCAGCAGGCAGCAACUAUUGUGCAAUAUCAAGGUGGUCAGCAGCGAAUGGUAGCAAUGCAACCUAAUCAACCAGUUAUGGUUAUGCAACCUACCCAACCGAUAUACGUAUCACAAGCGCCUGGUGGUCAAUACCCUGCUGUGCCACCGCAAACAGUAAUCAAUUCACCUCAAACAACGCAAGUUGUACAACCAGCCCAGCCGAUACAGUACCAGCAAAUUCAGGAACUUCCCAAGAAGCAGCCAGCACAACCUUCAGAGGUUUCAAUGUAA